AUGACUGUAAUUGGCAUAGCUGCCUGUUUCAUUUAUCGCCAUCGUCAGAUCUUGACCGCCGGACAGUGGCUCAGAGUUUCGCCCUGGCUAUGGCUCAUUUUCCUUCUUUUCGAGUAUUUGCUGUGGGUCGGCGGGUUAUCGGCCGUGAUUUAUCCAGCCGUAUUCACCCAGGAUUUGGCGGGGCCGAGGAUGCAGCUGCUCUUGCGGAUCUAUCCAAACUGGCGGUUCCUCCUCGACGUGCCCGACCUGUGGUUGAUGGACGGGAGCGCCAAAAUGGCGUUCCUACCGUUUACCUCAUUGUUCGGCUUCGUUUUCGUGGCCAUGCUGGCCAGCGCUAAUUUUGUGGCCGGGGCCGGCGUGCUAAUCGUUCACAGCGUAUAUCUUCUGAAACACGGCCUCGGCCAUAUGAGCCAAGCCACACGCCAAAUGCAUCAAAAACUGAUCGUGAAUAUGUUUCUGCAGAUCGGCGGUACCGUCCUCUUAAUGUCGAUGGUUGCUGGGGUAUCAUUCUGCUUUAUCUAUCGACAUCGACAAGUGCUACCCGUUGGCCAUUGGGCUAGCAUGACAGUGUUAACGCAAAAUAAGUCUGGAACUAGUAUGCAACGAAUUUUAGAGAGCCAUCCAAAUCACCGCUUCUUGCUCGAAGUGCCAGAACUCUGGGUGCUAGAUUCGACGGUCGAAUACCCGUUUUCCCCUAUGGCAGCGUUUUUCUCGGCCGCCACCUUCAUGUGCACCAACGUUUUGACAGGAGGCGUAUGUCUAAUAGCACACAGUUUUCAUUUGCUAAAUUCGCGCUUCGACCAUAUGAGCGCUGCAACGCGGAAAAUGCAGAAGCAGUUGAUCACCAAUAUGUUGCUACAGCUAUGCAUCCCCUUCAUGUCAUUGACUUUCCCAUGGUGGAUCGGUGGAAUCAUUAUUGGCUUUGAUAUCGAAGUCCCACAGGUCGUCGUCGGAAUUGCCUUUUGCUUUAUCUACCGGCAUCGUCAGGUGCUACCACUUGGACACUGGGCAAGACUUCCACCUUGGAUUUGGCUGCUCGUCGUCCUAAUCGAGUAUAUUUUCUGCACAGGCUUCGUCUGCGCCGUAAUUUGCAUGGGAUCGUACACAGAAGAUUUAACUGGAUCCGCUAUGCAGAGAAUCGUGGAGGAGUACCCGGAUUGGAAAUUCCUACAGAAUCUAUCGAACUUGUGGAUAAUCGACCGACCGCCAGAUUUUGCGAGUUUUCCGGUUUUCGGGGAAUACGCCUAUUUCGUAUCGAUUGUCGCCACCAACAUCUUCAUUGUGAUGGUAUUUGUCCCUUUUCUAACAUUAACAAUUCCUUGGUUGAUGGUCGGCAUCAUGGUCGCGAAGAAGUACGCGCCACCGUUAGCCUUGACCCAAGUGAUCAUCCUCAUCAACGGUUGUCACGCCAUAUUUUCGUCAUUUCAAAUCGUCUACCUGACCAAACCCUAUAGACAGUUUGUCAUAAUGUUGUUUAAACCGAGGAGG